UUAUAUUGCUUUGACGAAACGCUGAUCGAAGAACGUAGGGCUGCGUUGAAAUUUGAACGUUGAAAUCUCAUCGAAAUGCAUAUUUUUAAAUUUGUAAAUUGGAUCUCUCUCUCGUUUCUCUGUUUAUCAGCAUUUUAUUACUACCGCACAGGCCAAAUUUCUCCCUAUUUCCUUCUCAAUAUGGCUGAAGAAUCCUCCAAUUCCAUUUAUGAUUUCACUGUCAAGGAUAUUCGUGGGAAUGAUGUGAGCCUUAGUCAAUACAGGGGGAAAGUUCUUCUGAUAGUGAAUGUUGCUUCUGAGUGUGGUUUAACCAAGUCAAACUACAACGAGUUGAAUGUAUUGUAUGAAAAAUACAAGAAUCAAGGUUUUGAGAUAUUGGCAUUUCCUUGCAAUCAGUUUGCAGCACAAGAGCCAGGAAACAAUGAGCAGAUUCAGGAAACUGUAUGCACAAGGUUCAAAGCUGAAUUCCCCAUCUUUGAUAAGGUUGAUGUUAACGGGAAAGAUGCAGCACCGAUUUAUAAAUUCCUGAAGUCCCAAAAGGGUGGACGUGGACUAUUUGGCGAUGGCAUCAAAUGGAACUUCACAAAGUUCUUGGUGAACAAAGAAGGGACGGUGGUUGAUAGAUAUGCUCCAACCACCUCGCCUUUCAAGAUUGAGAAAGAUAUCGAGAAUCUAUUGCAAUCUGCUUGAAAACAAGGUCAGGAACCAUACACAAUGAACUCCAGCAGUGCUUACUUGUAUGAUUCAUUAGUUAUGUGAAUGCACUUAUAAAUGUUUGUUCGAACGUGAUCGCGUGUUCUUUCUAGACCUUUCUUUCAUUUAUAUAUAGUUAUGUGGUGAAAUUUGGAUUUGAUUUAAAAGGCUUUCAUUGAAACAUGUUGUCCAUUUGGUCAUAUGUAAAAGUGAAUUGUGUGAUUACAGUAAACUCUUUUUCCCCCGCAGCACCAA